AUGGAAAAGCUGCUUAAACUAGAGGCAUGCUCUUCUCUGUCUCAAUCUAAAGGAAGAUUUGUAGAGAGUAGCGACAAAAUCAGCAAUCUUCCGAUCCAUAUUGCUCAUCACAUCCUCUCAUUUCUUAUGAUGGAAGAUAUUGCACGAUUGAGCAUGGUGUCCAAGUGGUGGCAAAAAUUAUGCAUAUCUAUUCCUUCCUUGACCCUUGACGGCAUGCGAUAUCGAGGCAAGGAUUAUAAACUAAUUCACUUCAAGAAUUUUCUUGACAGGUUGAUGCUUCGACGCAAUGGAAUGAAGAUGACGCAGUUUCGUGUAUGCUGGACUUUUCUUAGUUGGUAUUCUGAAGAAUAUCGUUUUCUCACAUGGUUGCAAGAUGCAGUAAGGUGUAAUGUUGAAGUGCUUUAUCUUGACCUCUAUAUAUUUCUUCCAGGAGCUUUUCAAAAAAUGCCACUUUGUGUUUUGAAUUGUGAAUCGUUGAGGUUUCUAACAGUGAGUUUGUACGGAGGGGUUCUCCAACUGCCAUCCUCAAGUGUGUUCACAAAGCUUCAAUCGUUAUCACUAACACGUGUUCGAGUUCUUGACGAGCUUUUUGUGGAACAGAUCUUGUCUUCCUGCAACUCCCUUGAUAAGUUAUGCCUUAAUGACGUUAAUGGGAUUAAGAACAUUAACAUCCGGUCCUCAUCUCUAAAAUAUCUAGAAAUUAGGAGUUAUGAACAUAAUGACCUCUUCCAUCGAUCUUAA